AUGUCUUGCACUAGUCGCGGUCGCGGUUGGGGUACUACGCCACCAAAUGCACCUCCUGCGGGGCCGCGGAUUGCUGGAGAUUUUUCAUCAAGUUUUCUGAGACCUCAGAUUUACGCCGUUCCUGAAGAUGCCGAACAAAUGAUUCAAUCUUUUACUAUUGAAACUCCUGUUGGCUAUCCCGGGUGGCGUUUAUAUUUCUAUAGUUCAAAUUUUGAGCAGAAUAGCAUAAUCCAUACGCGUAUCAAACUUAUGGAAACACAUUACAAGAAUUACGUAAUGAAAUAUGAUUUUGUGGACAUACACAAAAAGGGCUAUUUUCAGAUAAUGGCUAAAAUAUUGCAGCUGGAUGAAGAUUUGCAAAGAGAUUGGCCUACAUUACGAGAUGACAUACAAACUAAUCCCUACAAAACGAUGACUAUUAUGGCAUUAGCUAUGCAAACGCUAGCAUUGGAGGCAGCCAUUGGCGCUCAUUCGGGUAUAGGAAAAAGCGAUGAAUGCAACCAUGUGCCACGAACAGCGAAGCCACGUAAAAUUUAUAUUCGGCCGGAGGGAUUUUUAGUGGAGCAGCCUAUGGAACAAAUCCCCUUAAUGGAAAUAGAUCAAUUGUAUUGCGUGAGAGGUGUGGUGAAGUCUAUGGGCGACGUAGAGGUGUAUGCUUCAUGGGUAGCUUACAAAUGCAGUCGUUGUAAACAAGAUCAAGCAUUGAGACAAGGAGAUCUCCAACCCAACCGGCCAACUAGUUGUAAAACUCUCGGCUGUAUGGCUAAACAAGGUUUCAUAGAAAUGCGUUCUUCGCCUUUUACCCGUUUAAAGGUGAAGCAAACAAUAGAAUUGACCGAGGCCCGGCUGGAUGCAUUACAUUAUGAAGAUACGUCGAUCGACUAUUGUUUGGAAGCAGAACUAAAUUAUGACUUAGUUGAUUCUGUGGUAAUAGGUGAAGAAGUUGUAAUGACAGGCGUUUUGAAAAUGCGUAGUCUCCAAGAAGUAGCAGGGGGUAGACAAAUGAAAGUUUACCUGAAGGUUUGCUCGACUACAAAGGCUGAACGGGCACCUCAUCAUUUCAACGAAGCUGAUAUACAAGCUAUUACCACUAUAAAUGGAACGGCAGAUAGUUUCAAAUUGUUGGUUCAUUCCUUGGCACCCGAAGUCUAUGGCCAUGAAGUAGUUAAAGCCGGUGCUUUAUUAUCGACAAUUGGGGGCUCUGGUUCCCAAUUACACGACGAAGAAGAAAUCAAUGUUCUCUUGAUCGGUGAUCCUGGCGUAGGUAAAUCACGUAUAGCUAAGAUAUGCGCCCAGAUCUCACAGAAAGGUGCUUUAAUUCGUAGUAAGCAGAAUUUGGCGGGCUGUGGCCCUAAACUAACAGUUGCUGUUAAAGGCCGUUCAAACAGUAUCUUGGAAUCCGGUGGUUUGUUAAGAGCAAAUAGAGGCCAUUGUGCUAUAGAUGAUAUAGAUCGUUUAUCUUCGCAACAGGAUGCUUUGAUUAGUCUCAUGCAAGCUCAACUCGUAGCUAUACCCACUGUCGCCAUCUAUGCAAAUUUGAAAGCGUCAGCCUCUGUCAUAGCUACCGCAAACUCAAUGCACGGCCAUUACGAUCAAUCGAAACUACUGACCAAUAACAUACGGAUUAGUCCCGCACUUUUAAAUGAAUUCCAUUUAAUUUUUCUUAUGUUAGACAAACCCAAUAAGGAGGGCGAUGCCAUAUUUAGUGAGCACGUUCGAGCUGUUCACGGUGGAUUUAAGAAAAAUACAACAAUCAUGAAUAAAUUCAACACUUUGCCAAAAUUUAAUAAUACGGCAAGCGAAAAGGAUUUAAGCGUAGAAAAUAUAGAACGCACCGAUUUGAUCGAACGUUUAAAGUUGCGUGCUGACGAAGGCGAAGAAUUGGACCUAAUACCGACCAUCUUGCUAAAAAAAUUUAUAACUUAUGCCCGUCAGCAAGUGAAGCCAUUAUUCGUUGCUGACGCAACUGAGCAUCUUCAGAAGUUUUAUAUGGAAAUUAGAGAACAACAGCAAAGCGAAGAAGAUGCUUUAUCGAUAAAUUCUGGUCAUCUCGCUGGAUUGAUUCGUUUAUGUCAGGCGCGUGCUCGCAUUGAUUUCUCAACGGAAGUGACUAAGGCUCACGUUUAUGAUGUCAUCUCUUUGGUUAAAUACAGCAAUGCUGAUAUCAAAUUGGGAGAUUAUAUCGAGAAUAAUCCAUCUAGAAAUCUACAAGCGAUGGCAACCACCAGUCAACUUGCUCGCAAUUCUAGCAGUGGAAGUGCGCCUAGAGGAAAUGCAAAAAAAUUUCUGCAAAUGCUGCAAAUGCGUUCGAAAGCCUUAUGUCGCCGCAUAUUCGAAUAUGAUGAAUUAAAAGACAUGGCCACCAGAGUGGGCAUAACUUGCGGCGUUAGUAAUCUUAUCGAUACCAUUAACUAUCAAGGUUUACUCUUAAAGAAAGGACCAAAUAUGUACGAAUUAGUUGACGAGUAGGAGGGGUUGAGGUGACCGAAUAUUUCCGAAUUAGAUGAGGAGUAAGAGGAAUUCAGGAGACCGAGUAUGUACGAAUUAGUUGAAGAGUAGGAGGUGUUGAGAAGUUCAAAUAUGUACGAAUUAGAUGAGGAGUAGAAGGAGUUGAAGAGAUCAAUUAUGUACGAAUUAGUUGAGGAGUAGGAGGAGUUGAGGAGACCAAGUAUGUAAGAAUUAAUUGAAGAGUAAGAAAAGUUGAGGAGAUCAAAUAUGCCCAAAUUAGUUGAGGAGUAGGACGACUUGAGGAGACCAAAUAUGUACGAUUUGUUGAGGAGUAAGAGAAUUGAAGACAUUUUCAUCGUUCAUUGUUAUUAAUAUAUACAUAUACAUGAAUACUUCAUUUUUAUUUGGAAUAAUUUUUUUUGUUUU